AUGCCUUACUUUCGCGAUCAAGUCGUAAGGGAGCUUACCUCUCUGUACGAGCUGCUUGUCAGAAUGUAUCUUCCGGACGACGCAAUAAGAUAUCCGCCCCCUGGAGGCUGGCCUCAUAUCGAUGGCAAACGCUUCGCCUUCAUGGAGAAAGCGGAAACCGUGAUCGAUCUCAUGCGGCAUAUUCCCUACAUUCGCCAAGAGCGACACCUCGAUGCUUUCCUGGUAUACCCAGGGGUCAUUUGCAACGACUAUUCUGGAAAUCACUUUGAACAGUCGGCAACCAAGCACAAAGAUCCCGGUCUAUUUGAACCAAUGGAAGACCAUAAGCUGUCGCCAUCUCACAUAGCUAUUGGUCGCCCAAGCGUAUCAGAUGACGGCUACUUCAUCUUUAUCAACACCAAAGACGGGUCAGUGAGGAGAGAUGAUUUCGUCGUCGGCAUUCAUGAGACUUUUGCAGAUGUUACCGAGCUCUGCAAGUCUAUGAAAGAAGAGUUCCUCGCAUUGAGAUGUAUCCCAAUGGAUACAGAAACAAUUGAUGGAGACUCAGGACGAUUUCCGCUGCAUGAGAGCACUGCCGAGGUAAAGGAUGCUUAUCAGAGACAUGGAUGGCCCUCGGCCACCUUUCAGAAGGCGCAGUGUGCGGUUGAGGUCGCCGAAACCAUGUAUAAUUACCGCGGUUCGUACUAG